AUGGAGAAUUUCAACACACAUCACAACGGACAAAUAGACGGAUAUUAUGUCCUCCGCUUGUGGCCGCCCUUCGAUGGUGCCAACGACCCCGGCGGCGAUAUCACCGGCUGGUCACCACACAUCCCAACACAAAUCACAACCUUCAAAAUCAACCAAACCUUCGCCCCCUACAACACGUCCGAAUUCUUCCAGCCCGAAGUCCUGCGCGCCUGGAACGAGUUGCUCCCAAAGGGCAUGGGCUUCCAAUCCAUCCCCGACCCCUCGCUCUACCACGACCUGCCCACCCCCAUAAUCUGGCCCAACGCCACCGUCUACACAACCUCCAUGACGCACCAGCUGCACUGCCUGUACGCCGUCGUCGCCGUCUACUCCGGCCUCACAUCCAACCACACCCUCGAAGACGACCACCACUGGCACAUGAUCCACUGCUUCGAUUACAUGCGUCAGGCGAUCCUGUGCAGCGCGGAUAUGGCGCUCGAGGGGCUUGAAACGACGUUUCCGGACCAUAAUGGAGGCAGUGAUGGCUGGGAUAGAUCCGAGGGCGGUGAGGGAAAGGUUGGAGAGUGUGCGGGCGUAUGA